CAACAGACAGACAACUACGUGUAAACAAAUUGUAGGAUAAGUGGGGCUGGGGAUGGUCUCAGAGCGAAAACGCUGAGAUGAGGAUUGGGCAAGGUUUCUUGCCGAAGAUGCGUCUUGAGCUGAGGUUCAAGGAAGCCAAACAAAUUAGGAGGUCGAGGUGAGAAGGGAGAGAGUUCCAGGCAGUGAAAAAGCGCAGCCUGGACAUCCUGACCGCAGAACAGCGAGGAGGCCAGCGUCAUUGCCUGCCCAUCAGAAAAGUAGCCUGGUUUUCCUUUUUCCUCAUUUUGCUCAUCUUUUGAAGAGUUUGAUUUUAAAAUGACCACCAAGAUCAACUUAGAGAGUCUUCCUGAAUAUGAGAAGAGUCAGAUCAAGAGGACCCUGGAAUUGGGAACUGUCAUGACCCUGUUUAGCCUUAAGAAAUCUAACCCUGAGAGGAGAACGGUCCAGGUCAUCACAGAGACCAGGCAGGUGGCAUGGAGUAAGACGGCUGACAAGAUCGAAGGGUUCUUGGACCUAAUGGAGAUAAAGGAAAUCCGCCCAGGGAAAAACUCAAAGGACUUUGAACGUGGGAAAGCCAGUCGCCAGAAAGAAGAUUGCUGCUUUACCAUAUUUUAUGGCACCCAGUUUGUGCUCAACACCCUGAGUUUAGCAGUGGACUCCAAAGAAGAUGCUAAUAAAUGGCUUUGUGGCUUGACAAUUUUGCACCAAGAAGCCCAGAAUGCCUCAACACCAGCUAUUAUUGAGAGCUGGCUAAGAAAGCAAAUUUAUUCUGUAGAUCAAACUCGGAGAAAUAGUAUCAGCUUCAGAGAACUGAAGACCAUUCUUCCUUUAGUAAACUUCAAAGUGAGCAGCGCCAAGUUCCUGAAAGACAAAUUCCUGGAAAUAGGUGCCUACAAGGAUGAACUCAGCUUUGAACAGUUCCACUUAUUCUACAAAAAGAUGAUGUUUGAGCAACAGAAAUCAAUUCUUGAUGAGUUCAAAAAAGAUUCAUCUGUGUUUAUUCUGGGAAAUACAGAUCGGCCAGAUGCAUCUGCUGUUCACCUGCAUGACUUCCAGAGGUUUCUCCUGCAUGAACAGCAGGAAAUCUGGGCACAGGAUCUAAGUAAAGUAAGAGAGCAGAUGACAAAAUUUAUAGAUGACACUAUGAGAGAAACAGCUGAACCAUUCCUGUUUGUCGAUGAGUUCCUCACUUAUCUGUUUUCAAAAGAAAACAGCAUUUGGGAUGAUAAAUAUGACUCUGUUGAUAUGCAAGACAUGAAUAAUCCUUUGUCUCAUUAUUGGAUUUCUUCAUCUCAUAACACGUACCUCACUGGAGAUCAACUUCGAAGUGAAUCUUCUACUGAAUCAUACAUUCGAUGUCUUCGAAUGGGUUGCCGGUGUAUAGAGUUGGAUUGCUGGGAUGGACCUGAUGGAAAGCCAAUCAUCUAUCAUGGCUGGACACGAACAACGAAAAUCAAGUUUGAUGAUGUGGUGCAGGCCAUCAGAGACCAUGCUUUUGUCUCCUCACAGUUCCCAGUGAUUCUCUCCAUUGAAGAGCACUGUUGUGUAGAACAGCAGCGUCAUAUGGCCAGGGUAUUUAAAGACGUGUUUGGGGAUCUCCUCCUUACAAAACCCACUGAAGCCAGUGCUGACCAGCUGCCAUCCCCUGCCCAGCUGAAAGAAAAGAUCAUCAUUAAGCACAAGAAGCUGGGUCCCAGAGGAGAUGUGGACAUCAACAUUGAAGACAGAAAAGAAGAAAAAAAACAGCAAGGGGAACUAUACAUGUGGGACACCAUUGAUCAGAAGUGGUAUCGCCACUAUUGUGCCAUAGCUGAUGAGAAGUUGUCCUUCAGUGAUGUUAUAGAGCAGAAUAUGGAAGAAGACUCAGCAAAGGACGUAGCACAGACUGACCUGCAUUUUGGUGAGAAGUGGUUUCAUAAAAGAAUGGAGAAGAGGACAAGUGCUGAGAAAUUACUGCAAGAAUAUUGUGCUGAAACCGGAGGAAAGGAUGGAACCUUCUUAGUCCGUGAAAGUGAGACUUUCCCCAAUGACUACACAUUGUCCUUCUGGAGAUCAGGCAGAGUCCAGCACUGUCGAAUACGGUCGACUCCUGAGGGAGGGGCCAUGAAGUAUUAUUUGACUGACAACCUCAUGUUCAACAGCAUCUAUGACUUGAUUCAACACUACCGAGAAGCCCACCUAAGAUGUGCUGAAUUUGAACUUCGUUUGACAGACCCAGUGCCCAAUCCCAAUCCUCAUGAAUCAAAAGCUUGGUACUAUGAUAGCCUGAGCAGAGGAGAAGCUGAAGACAUGUUGAUGAGAAUUCCCCGAGAUGGAGCCUUCCUGAUUAGGAAAAGAGAAGGGGGAGAUGCAUACGCCAUUACUUUCAGAGCCAAGGGAAAAGUGAAACACUGCCGGAUUAACAAAGAUGGACAUCACUUUGUGCUGGGGACGUCUGCUUACUUUGAAAGCUUAGUGGAAUUGGUCAACUACUAUGAAAAGCAUGCACUCUACAGGAAAAUGAGAUUGCGCUAUCCUGUGACUCCAGAGCUGCUGGAACGUUACAAUACUGAAAGGGACAUAAAUUCACUUUAUGAUGUCAGGAUGUAUGUGGAUCCCAGUGAAAUUAACCCUUCAACGCCUCAGAGAACUGUGAAGGCUUUAUACGACUACAAAGCCAAGCGUGGGGAUGAGCUCAGCUUCUGUCGGGGGGCCCUCAUCCAUAAUGUCUCCAAGGAGUCUGGUGGCUGUAUUUUAGGGGUUUCUCUGCAACCAGUUAAAGCAAUACGGCAGGAGGAGAGAGAGAGAAAAAAGAGUGAUCUUCAGUCCUUGCAGCCACAUUUCCCUUUGGAAAUCAUCAUCCCUAGCAAGCUCUGCCUGCCUUUGACCGGGUGGAAGGGUGAUUAUGGAGGAAGGAUUCAGCAAUAUUUUCCAUCUAAUUAUGUGGAAGACAUAUCAACAGUUGAUUUUGAAGAGCUGGAAAAACAGAUUAUUGAAGAUAACCCUUUAGGAUCUCUGUGCAGAGGAAUCUUGGAUCUUAACACCUAUAAUGUUGUGAAAGUACCACAUGGAAAAAACCAGAAACCAUUUGUCUUCAUCCUGGAACCCAAGAAACCCAAUGAUCCUCCUAUAGAGUUUGCGACUGACAAAGUGGAAGAGCUCUUUGAGUGGUACCAGAGCAUCAGGGAAAUCACCUGGAAGAAUGCAACAGUGGAGAACAACAUGAAAUAUUGGGAGAAGAACCAAUCGAUUGCCAUAGAACUAUCUGAUUUGGUUGUCUACUGUAAGCCAACAAGUAAAACCAAGGAUAAUUUAGAAAAUCCUGAUUUCAGAGAAAUUCGCUCUUUCGUGGAGACCAAAGCCGACAGCAUUGUUAGGCAGAAGCCAAUUGAUCUUUUGAAGUACAAUCAAAAGGGACUGACUCGGGUCUACCCCAAAGGUCAAAGGGUAGACUCAUCAAAUUAUGAUCCUUUUCGACUUUGGCUUUGUGGCUCCCAGAUGGUUGCCCUGAAUUUCCAGACUGCAGAUAAAUAUAUGCAGCUGAAUCAUGCUUUAUUUGCACUUAAUGGUCGGACUGGCUACGUCCUACAGCCUGAAAGCAUGAGGAAUGAAAACUAUGAUCCAACACCUCCAGAGUCACAAAGAAAGAUCCUGAUGACCUUGACAGUGAAGGUCCUGGGGGCUCGUCAUCUACCCAAGCUUGGCCGAAGCAUUGCCUGUCCAUUUGUAGAAGUGGAAAUUUGUGGGACUGAGUAUGAUAAUAACAAAUUCAAGACUACUGUAGUAAAUGAUAAUGGCCUGAGUCCAGUCUGGGCUUCUACUCAGGAAAAAGUGACAUUUGAGAUUUAUGACCCAAAUCUUGCAUUUCUACGAUUUGUUGUGUAUGAGGAGGAUAUGUUCAGCGAUCCCAACUUUCUGGCACAUGCUACUUAUCCCAUUAAAGGAAUCAAAUCAGGGUUUAGAUCAGUUCCUCUUAAAAAUGGUUACAGUGAAGAUAUUGAACUGGCCUCUCUUCUAGUUUUCUGUGAGAUGCGUCCUGUGUUGGAAAGUGAAGAAGAGCUUUAUUCUUCCUGUCGCCAGCUUCGAAGGAGGCAAGAAGAGCUGAAUAAUGAGCUUUUCUUGUAUGACUCUCAUCAGAACUUACGUAACGCCAACAGAGAUGCUCUCAUGAAUGAAUUCAAUGUCAAUGAGAAUCAGUUGCAGUUGUAUCAGGAAAAGUGCAACAGGAGAUUAAGGGAGAAGAGAGUCAGUAACAGCAAAUUCUACUCCUAGAACAAGCCUGCAGUUUGGGGACUCUGUAUAUGUGUGUGUGUGUGUGUGUACAAGAGAGAUAAACAGAGUAUUUCACUAAGAUCUUCAGAAGAUGCAAAUCUGCGAAGUCAUCACUCCUGAAGAACUGUCCAUCAUCAGGACGAAUUGUCUUAAGAAGAACCAAGCAGGAUUCACCAUGAUGACUUUCUGUUCUCUCUCCUCUUGAUAUCUUUUUUAACUUAUAGUCUGUACAAAUUAUACAUAAAAUACUUGACUUGUUUUCUGUGUCCAGUACCACAAUAUUUCCUGAAUAAAGGCAAGCAGAAGCUCCAUAUGUUAA